AUGGAUAAAUAUGAAACACCAGUAACUAACCAGGUGAAGGAUUCGGAUUGUAAGAUAGUUAGCAACAAGCUUCUUAGUUUGCUGAAUGAGGAGUCACAUCAUUCCAAGUGGGAGGAAUUCAGAAGAAUGGCGAAGCAGGAUAUUGCAACUGAGGAAUGCUCUUCUCUGUUAAGAAGAAUGGAGCUGGAAGUUUCUGAGGAGGAGAUGGAAGCAAGUGAUAGUGAUACUGAACAUAUGGAUGAAGGUGAAGAAUUAUCUAGUCUGCAAGAAGAGGGAUUACUUCAGACAGAAUUGAAUAGGGAAGCUAUAAUCAUUGAGGAGCAGCUGAUCAAUAAGAGCCAGAAAAGGAAAAACAAGUGGGACCCAACUCUUAGGUGCCCCAGAUCAAGAAGACAGCCGGAGGAUGGGCGCACUUUGCUGGAAAAAGCUCAGGAUUUUAAGAAAAUUAAGAAUCUGGAGACAGACUUUAACUGGCAAUACCUCCCUGCGGAGGGUACAGCUGGUGGUAUCCUUGUUGGUUUUAGUGAAAGAAAGUUUGAGGUCUUGGCCUGGAAGAUAGGAGUGUACAGUGUAGCUGCAAUAGUUGGAAAUUGUCAUGACAAUUCUGUGUGGAGGCUGAUUACGGUCUAUGGUUCACCUUAUGAUGAAGGAAAACAAGAGUUCAUUAAUGAACUUGAAAAUUUACUUGAUAAUUGGGAUGGCCCUACUGUGAUUGGUGGUGAUUUUAAUUUAGUCUGUAAUGUUAAACAUAAAAGUAAUGGAGUCAUUAACCACAAAUGGGCAGAUUUGUUCAUGGACUGGGUUAACAAGUUUGGUUUGAUUGAAUUAAAACCUUCAUCUAGAGCGUUUACCUGGACAAAUAAUCAUGAGCAGCCUAUUUUGGCUGCUAUUGACAAAAUUUUUUGCACAACCAAUUUUGAACAUAAGUUCCCUUUGGCCUUUGUGUCUACUAGCUCUAGAGCAAGUAGUGAUCAUGUUCCUCUUAUCCUUAAUUUUGGCUUGGAGGAGAGAAGGAAACCUAGUAUGUUUAGAUUUGAGAAGUGGUGGUUACAACAGCCUGAUUUCAAGGAGCUUAUUGCCAAAUUAUGGAACACUUCUUGUGCCUUCACGGACCCUUUAGACAUUUGGCAGUUUAAAAUUAGAUUGGUUAAAAUAAGGUUAAGGGGUGGGCCUUAA